AUGAAAUUAACUUAAAACAUAAAAUUUUUUAAAGAUUUAAUUUAAUAAUAAAAUGGAUGCACAGAAAUUCAUAAAUAAUGUUGUCAGAGUAUAGUCUACGAACAUCAUCCUAAAGGUACUGAAGUAAUAACAAUAGAUACAGAAGGGACUAAGUUCUAUAUAAUAUUUAAUGGUUCAGUAUAAGUGCAUAUAAGAAAAGGUGUAGAAUAAUUAAAAUAAGUGGCUAUUAUGCCAACUGGAAGUUCAUUUGGAGAGCUUGCAUUAAUAAGCAAUUAACCGCGUUUGGCGACUAUUAUAUGUGAAGAAGAUUGCGAUUUUUUAGUAUUAAAAAAGAAAGAUUUCAAUAGGAUUAUGAAAAAUAUCGAAUUAAAAGUUUUAAAUGAUAAAGUAGCAUGUUUAAUAGAUAUUCCUUUUAUUGGAAUUAUUAAUAAAUAGUUUAUUAGGGAUAUUUAUUCGAAAUUAAAAUAAAUUGAUUUUUUUAAAGGAUAAGUAGUUUAUCAGGAAGGUGAUAAAGCAUAAUAUGUCUAUAUUGUAAUUAAAGGACAUUUUGUGGCUUAUAAAAAUUUUAAAAUUUAAUAAUAGGAUUAAUGGAGCUUAUAAAUUGAUGAAAAUUAAAAAAUUUACUAAAAAUAAUAUGUUAAAAAGAUGAAAUUUUAGAGCUUUACUGAUAAGUAAUUUUUUGGAGAAGACGAACUUUUAUUUAGAGAUGAUGAGAUUGAAAGUAAAAGAAAAUGGACUGUAGUAUGUGAAAAUGCUGAAAAAUCAACUUUAUUUGCUAUAAAAAAGAAAUAUUUUAUAAGUAAGAUUAUGGGAGAUAUUAAUGGGAAAAAAUGGAUGUUGUAAUAUUUAAAAAAUAAAAAAAAAUAUGAAGAAGAGAAAAUAAAAUCAUUGUAAAAUUAAGUAAAUAAAUUCUGGAAAUAUUUAAAAGAAGAUAGAAAAUAAUUAAUUAUGGAAAAUAAAAGAAACGAUUUUCAAAGAAGUCUUUACAAUAUUUCUUUUGAAGAAAAAAUCAAAAAUUCAAAUGUUAGUAAAGAAAAGUUCUAAUACAAUUUAAGAACCUAUAUUUAAUAAUUAAAAUUAGAAUUAUUUUUUACGCUAGAGUAGUUUAGAUCAUGA